CAGGCACACACCUUCACAUUACCACCAACGAGUGACUUGAGUCUGACGACGACGAUCUGAUUCAAUUCUUCUCUUGCCAACAUCUGGAGGUACUCGCUAUAGUUAGACCUUCUCAGACUUGUUGUCGCUUACGGCAUUCUGUUCACUUACAAAUCUUGUUCGAUCUGCCGCAGCCCUCCGAUUCUCAUUUCCAAAGGAGACCCCGACGAUGGCCCUCAAUCUGACACCCCAGGAGCUCCAGAACCUUCAAAGGCUCCAGUACCUUCAAAGACUCCAUCGAGCCCAGCAGAUCCAGCAAUCGGCAGCAACCAACGGUCCUGGCGCACGCGGCGCGCACCCACGCCAACGGGGCAGACACGCGGCGCCUGGAGGCGACCCCACCCGACGAAUGCUCGACGAGGUCGGCCGUGCCAACCAGCAGAACCGCCGCGCCUUCAAGGCCUGGUGGCGCCAAUACGGCCAGAACCUACGGGACAAGCUGGCGCGGGACUGUGCCAGGAUGUCGGGCGAGGUGCAGCGCUACGGGGUGUCCCGGCCGGAGUGGUUCAUCAUCGAGUCGAGCCGCGACCAGCUGCAGCACCUCAUCCAGGGCCUCCUGGACGCGCAGAAGCUGGCCCUGUUUGACCUUGCAGUGGCGCGCCAGGCGGAGAGGGGGGACAUCACUGGCGACAAGGUCGCCGUCUUCAACACGGUCAGUGGCAGGCAGAGGGACAUGCCGCUGGUUGUUGCCUAG